CACAUCUCCACCUUCGGACCCAAGCGUCCCGCCUUCGCUCGCCUCAGACAAGUCGGGGGCUGAGGGGAAAAGGCGAGCACUUCGUCCGCGGGCUUUUUUCGCUUCAGGGACAUGAGUGGCGCGGCUGCGGCCGGGGCAGAGGCGGGGUCUGGCGGCCGCCGAGGCUGCUCUUGCUCUCGCCGCAGCGGCUGGGUACUUUGAGGACCUUCCCGGUCCGACAGGGGGACCCCGCUUUGGAGCACCCUCGUCCACACAGGGAGUGCUGGCCGUCGCGUAGGCGUCGCUGCGGGGUGAGCGCCUGGCCGCCCGCCCGCCCGUUUGCCGCCACCUGCCUCCUCCGGUCACUCUUCGAACUUCCCUUCGAACUUGCGCGAGGCUGCCCGAUUCAGGCCGGUGGCCUCCACCGUCAUGCUCCUUUCCCGGCCCGGAGGGUCUCCCCGCCUGCUCCUGCUGGGCGCGUGCUUGCUGUGGGCGCAGAGUUGCCUCUCCCAGCAAGUCCUGAGUGGUCAAAAGAUAUGCUAUGGUGAUUCAACACAUCCCUGCUACAUGAUAGCCUACUUCCAAGACCUGUCCAGAAGGGUGGGUUUCCAGGAGGCUCGCCAAGGCUGUGAAAUGGAGGGUGGAGGACUCCUGAGUCUUGAAAGUGAAGGAGAGCAGAAGCUGAUAGAAAGUAUGUUGCAGAACCUCACAAAAUCGGGCCCUGGCAUUUCUGAUGGGGAUUUCUGGAUUGGGCUGUGGAGAAGUGGUGAAGGACAAACUACAUCAAGUGCCUGCCCAGACCUUUACAAAUGGACAGAUGGAAGCAGUUCACUCUACAGAAACUGGUAUACAGAUGAACCUUCCUGUGGGAGUGAAGCUUGUGUUGUGAUGUAUCAUCAACCAUCAGCAAAUCCUGGUUUGGGAGGGCCUUAUCUUUACCAGUGGAAUGAUGACAGAUGCAACAUGAAGCACAAUUUUAUCUGCAAGUAUGGUCCAGAAGACAUCCUAGAAAAAGAAUUGGGAGACAGAGCAGAUGCACAUCAUGAUGUCCAAGCAACAGUGCCAACAAAGAAGCCUCACGACACAAGCAAACCGGAAGAUCGUUUUCCAGUGGUUGUUACUGAAACUGGUGGUUUGAUUCCUAAUCUAAUUUAUGUUGUUAUACCGACUAUACCAUUGCUGCUAUUGAUAUUAGUGGCUUUUGGGACUUGCUGUUUCCAGAUGCUGCAUAAAAGUAAAGGAAGAACAAAAACCAGUCCGGACCAGUCUACACUAUGGAUUUCUAAGCACCCAAGGAAAGACAGUAGCAUGGAGGUAUAGAAAUGUGACUGAAAAGAAUGCAGAAAUGACACAUUUCCGUUCAGGAUCUAUUAUACGGUCAUAUCAGAUAUUAGCUUGGAAUGGCUUGAAAUUGCAGUGGAUCAGCAAAAUGAACUGGAAGCUCCCCCUUGAGGCAAUUGCUCAGAUCAUUUUUUUAUAUGCAAGGUUUGGUUUCUAAUUCAGUAGUAAGAAAUAGCACUCUAAAAGACAAAAAAAAAAAGAAUGCAUUUAUUUUGCUAAGGAAAUGACUCACUACUGAUAGUAAUGAGAUGGACAGAAUAUUUGAAUUGUGUAUGGAAAAUGUCUACUGUACAUGUUAGUUCUAGAACAAUCAUUUUUAAUUUAAUUUUUUUAUUUCUCAUACAUUGUACCAUUCCUCAUUAAUGGAUGUACUAUAAAUUCAGUU